AUGAAAAAGACUAAAGCCCAAAUAAAAUUAGAGAACUGGAAGAAGGCUCUUAAAAAUUGAUCUUCAAGUUUCAAAGCUAUAUCAAGAGAGAAAUAUAAUGAAGUCUUUGGAUCCAAGACAGACCAACCAGGAGUUGGAAAGUAUUCUCCAAAUUACAGAUACAACUCAAAGGAACCUCCUUCGUAUAGGAUUCCUAUUGCAAAGGCAUCGAAGACAAUAUUUGACCCAAUAGAAUCAGGCCCAUCUAAAAUUCAAAGCAAGCAUUUGUGACACAAACUUUACCAAAGUCAUGAUCUAGGAGGCAGAAUGAAGAAAAGAGAAGUCGGAAGAUUGCUCUCAAAGACUAAAAAUCAGAUAAAUCUGACCUUAGCAAAUAAGCUAAAUGACCAAGAGAAAGACUCAAACAUUAAUAACGAAGAGGACAUGUAUAAUUCAGAGAUUCCUAAAAUUAAGAACAAAAGAAAACUCAAAAAGAAGAAAAUAAAAGUUCCCCAAAUUAUGCUUAAAAAAAAAUUGGAAGAGAACAUGAAAAGGAAUACGGUGUUUAGUAGGCCAAGGAGGAUAAAGAAAGCCAUCUCAAAUAGUCCUUCGAAAGCAGCAUUCGUCACAUCCGUGGCAGAUAAAACAUUCUCUUACGACAAUAUUAUUAUUUCAUCAGAAUAUCAUCUAGUGAAGGAUAAGAAGUCAAGAUCAGAUGUUCAAAUAGUUCCUAGCCAACAAAAGGAUGAUAAGAUGAAAGGCUGAGUUGCUUUUGCAAAACUUUCUAAGAGAAAGCUACACUCAAACGCCAAAUCAAACCAACAACUUCUAAGUUUAGAGGAGCUUGGAGAUAAAUACAUGAGACGCCAUUGCCCAAGCGUAGAUUUUGGUAAACUUGUACAAAGAGAUACAAAUUUCUUCCUAUACAAUAAGAUGUAUUGUGGUCAGGAUUAUGAUUACAAAAAGGACUACAUUUCCAAACAACUUCCGAGCUUGAAAAAUCAUAGAGAUCUAAAUUUCCUUUAAAGCAAGAGAUAAGAGUACAAUUCUGUGGAAUAAAUGGUAGAACUCAAUCUGUAUAAAGCUAGCAACACAAGUUCAAUAGACGGUGAUGUUUUAUUCAAGUUGAGUCCAUCUUUGGGUAAAAUUCUAGC